UGAGUCUCCACGCUGCGCAGCCACAACUUUAACAAGUGCGGCGGCUUCAUUUAAUCACCUCAUACAAAUGGAAUAAAGACAACGAUGGAGUUCUUCUGGGGACAUUUCUUCUUCACUAUAGUAGUCAUUACUGACAGAAUCUGGAACUCACAGGCCUUCAACGUCGGCACUGCAGGUGCCAAGAUUUUCAGCGGACCAGCUGCGGAAGAGUUUGGCUACACAGUCCAACAAGCGACCAACCAUGAAGGCAAAUGGCUCCUCGUUAGUGCCCCAUGGAGUGGUUUCAGUGGAAACAGGAAGGGGGAUGUUUACAAGUGUCCAGUCUCAGGGUCCAGAAACAGCUGUGACAAGCUCAAUCUUCAAGAUUCUGUCAGUAUUCCAGAUGUUAAAAACAUCAAUGAAAAAAUGUGCCUGGGUUUGACUCUUACCCGGAUGCCUGCAGGGUUGAUGAUGUGCGGUCCUCUUUGGGGACAGCUCUGUGGCGAUCAGGACUUCUACCCAGGAAUAUGUGCAAAAAUGAGCCCCCUCUUUCAACCUCAACCUGCCUUCUCUCCUGCCAUCCAGACAUGUGGAGGGCCUAUGGACAUCGUGAUUGUUUUGGACGGCUCCAACAGCAUUUAUCCUUGGGAUCCAAUGGUCUCCUUCCUCAAGAAAUUAAUACCUGCACUUGACAUCGGGCCCAAAAACACACAGGUCAGCGUCAUUCAGUAUGCUGUUGAUCCCAAGAUUCAAAUCAGACUAAAUGAGUAUAAAACCAAAGCUACGUUGAUCGAUGCAACGUCCCGAAUCACACAAAUGUAUGGUCAGUUAACCAAUACCUUCCAUGCGAUCCAAUAUGCCAGUCAGCAGGGAUUCCAUCAAAGUAACGGCGGUCGAUCAGGUGCUGCCAAGGUGUUGGUGGUCGUCACUGAUGGGGAGUCUCACGACGAGGAUAUCCGAGAUACAGUUAUUGCCGACUGUGAGAGACAAGGCAUCACCCGCUUUGGUAUCGCUGUCCUGGGUUAUUACACCAGAAACAACAUCAACACAGACAACCUGAUUAAAGAAAUCAAAUCCAUUGCCAGUCUGCCCACAGAGAAGUACUUCUUUAAUGUGUCGGAAGAGGCAGCCCUCUCCACCAUUGCUGAAAAAUAAGGGGGGCGUUUUUUAUAUAAAAAAGGCACUGGAAAAGGGAUGGGCAACUUCGAGAUGGAGAUGUCCCAGGUCGGAUUCAGUGCUCACUACUCCAGCAAACAGGAUGUGAUGAUGCUGGGAGCAGUGGGAGCCUACGCUUGGAGCGGGACUGUGGUCCAUCAAACAGGGUCAAAAGUAGACAUUCUCCCUUUCUCAGCCUUUGAGGGAACCCUUCAAGACAAAAACCACAGCUCGUUACUGGGUUAUUCUGUCACCACACUGAGCGAUGGGUCUACAGAAUACUUUGUGGCUGGUGCACCUCGCUCCAACCACUCUGGACAAGUUAUCGUGUACACCGUCAAUGCCCAGAAGCAAUCUGCCAUCAUAGACUCAGAAAGAGGAAAACAGAUCGGGUCAUACUUUGGGAGUGUCCUGUGCCCCCUGGACGUGGACAGAGACGGGGUGACGGACCUCCUGCUGGUUGGUGCGCCCAUGUUCAUGAGCGAUCUGAAGAGAGAGGAAGGCAGGGUCUACCUCUUCUCUGUCACCAAGGGUAUACUGAAUGAGCAAGGAUUCCUCAACGGUCCGCCCCCAACUGAGAACGCACGUUUUGGGAUGGCCAUCUCUGCCGUUCCUGACCUGGACCUCGAUGGUUAUAAUGACGUUGUAGUAGGAGCCCCACUAGAAGACACAGGUAAAGGUGUCAUCUACAUCUACAACGGGCAGCUGAAGGCAUUAAACAAACAGUUCUCACAGAGAAUCUUUGGCUCCAAACUGGAUCCUCAAUUGCAGUAUUUUGGAAGGUCCCUGGAUAGCUACAUGGAUCUGAAUGAUGAUACACUCCCUGAUAUUUCCAUUGGUACAUAUGGCAAAGUGGUGCAGCUCUGGUCCAGAGGUGUGGCGUCUGUCUCGGCUAAAGCUUCUUUCAACCCCGAUAAAAUCAACAUUUUCAACAAACCCUGUGACAUUAAUGGACGCAAGCUUUCAUGUUUCACCACUAACCUCUGUUUCAGUGCUGCAUUUAGGCCCAAGAACCCUGUUGGACCCAUUGAUAUAUCUUACACUUUGACUCUGGACGCGGACUUGCAUGCUUCACGAGUGAUGUCAAGAGGACUGUUCACUAAAACCAACGAACGCUUCCUCACAGAAAAGGCAAAAAUAUCAUCUGCGUCCCUGUGUCGGGACUACCAGAUUUAUAUUCAGGAGGCACCAGACUUUGUCAAUUCCCUCAGUCUGAAAGUAGAAAUCGAGCAGCAGAAUGCAGAUGUGAACCCUGUCCUCGAUGUGUUUUCUGGAAGUGCCUGGGAAUUCUUUAUCCCCUUCACAAAAGACUGCGGCUCUGAUGACGUGUGUGUCAGUGAUCUGGUGCUGAGUGUAAAGACAGCCACAAAGGCGUCCAGCUCAGCUCCCGUUCUGGUCAGCGCUAAUAACCGAGAACUGUCAUUUGAAGUUGUCGUGAAGAACAAAAAGGAGAACGCGUAUAACACUCAGGUCUUGGCCACUUACUCUGACAACCUCUACUACUCCUCCGUCUCUCCUCCUACGGAUGAAGUCAAAUGCACUUCAACACAAACACAAGCCGUCACCUGCCAAGUGGGAUACCCAGUAUUAAAACAAGACCAAGAGGUGAAUUUUCGGAUAAAUUUUGAUUACAAUCUUGAUCAGCUGCAAAACCGAGCCGAGGUGAAGUUUGAGGCCAAGAGUGAUGGUAAAGAAGAAAUACCUGCAGACAACAAAGUGGACAUAUCCAUUCCUGUUCGAUAUGAUGCAGGGAUUGUUUUAUCUAGGCAGUCAAAUAUCGAUUUCUACGUGGCAGAUGCUGCAGUUCCCGUGGUAACAACGGUGGCGAGUCUAGAUGACAUCGGCCCAGAGUUUAACUUUACAGUGAAGGUUUCAACAAGUAACUUCCCCAUCAACCUCGUGUAUCUGACCAUUGCUCUGCCAGUGACCACUAAAGGUGGAAAUCAGCUCCUCUAUAUUACCAGUGUGGACACACAAACUGGAGGUGCUGUCAGCUGUGAUUCCAGCAGCUUGGUCGAUCCUCUGAAGAUCGGAGUGAAGAGCCACAAAGUGUCCUUCUCUGAGGAGAGUCUCCGAGGCAUGCAGAAACUGGACUGCAAGAGCGCAAAAUGCGAGUAUAUAAAAUGCAUCCUCAAGGACACUGAAGUCAAAAGUGACUACUUUGUGAAAGUUAAAACAAGGAUCUGGAGUGGCACAUUUAUUUCGGCCACCUAUCAGACCAUCGAGCUGACCUCCACUGUUGAUGUCGAGACCUCCGACCCCAACCUGCUCAUUAUCGACCUCAAACACCUGCCAGUGGUGGUGACAGUCAGUAAACCUGGAGAGAAAGGUGACGUUCCAGUGGGAGUGGUAGUUGGCAGCGUCAUUGCCGGACUGCUGCUGUUGGCUCUGGCUGUUGGACUGCUGUGGAAGUUUGGGUUUUUCAAAAGAAAGUACCAGCAGCUUCAGAGGGAGGCCGAUGACGACGCGCAGAGCCACGCACAUGUUGACGAAGUGCUGUGAACUGAAGAGAAAACCUGCUGCCUUUUCUCUUCACUGGAAUGUUUCCAGUGUGGAUACUGGUACUUGUCACUGGUUCUCGUAAAGUACAAAUGGACUACAGUUCAAUCACUGGAAGUUGGACAUUUGAAUAAAAUGGAAGCUGUUCAGUUUGAGGAUAACUGGGAUUCGAUACUCUGUCCAUUUUUAGAGAGGAUUAAUGUUAUGAGUCUUUAUUUUUAAGCUUUGUGGCCUUUACAUUGACUACUUGCUGUUAUGCACUGACUUUGAAUAAUUGUAAGAACUGUAUUUUUUCCCAACAUGACAGAACCAUAUACAGUACUUGUAUUGUACUUGAGUUUUACACUGUAAAGCGAUCUAAUUCAUCCAUCGCUUUUUGUUUUGACAACUUCUGGGCAAAAUGAUCGAACAAUCUUAUAUUGAAUAUAGCUCAUUUGUCAAAACAUUGACCUUUUUAUCGGACAGUCUGUAGCAUAAACUGCCUUGAGAUUAACUGUCACUUCUGGCACUUUCUUGCAUUAAGACUAUUGCUAUCAGUAUUUUAAAUGCAAAUAGGAAACAAUAACUAUCCUGGAAAGAGUGAAAUCUGUCAUUCCUCUGUUCCAUUGUGUUUUACUGUAUAUACUGUAAGAUAAAAUGAUCUUUCAUAUUGGGUUUAAUACAUGAAACGAUUAGAGGCGAUAUGGGUCCAUGGACUAGCUAAUUGUGGUGGUGUUGUUGUUGUUGUUGUUGUUGUUAUUGUUGUUGUUGUUAUUGAUUGAUUAUGAUAUUGGUGAUAUUUUGUUGUUGUUUUUACCACUAAUAGAACAGCUUGUCAGGUAUGAAUGUUUUAGUAGCAUAUUGUGUUUUUUAUAAUAUGCUGGUUAUUUUUUGAGUCAUCGAUUAAUGGUUUUGCCCAUUCAAUUUCAGAAAAUAGUUUCCUGGUUCCAAGGUGAAUUAUUUCAAAUUGGUUGUUGUUUGUUGUCCAAACCCUACAUUACUGCCAUAUAAGACAAAGGAAAGCAAUUUGAAACAGCAAAUGUUUGGGAUUUUUUUGUUCUAACCAUUAAAUUGAUUAUCAAAAUAGUUGCAGAUACAUUUUCUGUUAAUCAACUAAUUGAUUCAGCUCUAAUAAUGUUUAUCUGUAGGCCAAAAGGACACAGUGCCCCAUGUGCAAAUAUUUUUCACUACAGAGAAAAAGUGUCAAAGAUGGUGCAUGAUGGUUGCCAAAACACCAACCAGGUUAAUUUACUCCCUAAAAACACCUAAUCUGUACCUUUGUUUCUUUCUUACAGUAGGCAGUUUGAGAGAGUGAAGUGAAUCCUGCAGGAUCUAAAUGUGUAUUGGCACAGCUUUGCCACUAGAUGGUAGCAUGAUAUAGAUGACAUGUUGGUACUGUUGAGUAUUUUUUCACUGCUCUGUUGAUGACUUAAACACUCCAUGCCUCUAUCAAUUAAUGCAUUCGAAUUUAUGACCCAUUUUGGAUUGUGUUUCUCCUCUUCUCUCCUCUCUGGUCCCCUCUCCUAACCUGACCCAGCAAGGAACCGUACUUGGACCACUUCCUUCCAAACGUCAGUACAAUUGAAGUUUUCCCUCAAACUCGAUUAAUUUCCUAUCACAUUUUUGACUGUCGUGUUCUCCCACAGUCAGGUUAGUUUUUCCCUUGACUAUGUUGGAAUGUGUUUCUGAAUGUUUUUCCUUUGAAUGAGCCAAGUAACUCCAGCACCCAGCAGAGUCUUUAGCAUUCAUUUCUCUGGAUCUGGCAAGGUGGAAUAUGCUAUUUGUCUCUCAUAAGAAGCAUAUUUUUUGGGGAGCCUGGGCUUGAGCUUUUCUUGUUGGAGGGGAUAUAGAAUUUGACGAUUGAAAUGCUCUGUUUCACAAUUACUGAUGUAUUGAUUGUGAAAUAGCCUUUUGAUUCUAUCUAUAUGUGUGCAGGGAGCUUUGUGGAAAUGGUCGAUGAAAUGUGAUACAAUGGAAGUGUUUGAACACAUUUGUAGAUUCAUCCCUCUUGGGUUUCCUGCAGAUGAUUUGCAGUUCCAGCCAAACAACUGACCCAUGCCACAAUGGGAUGAUUGCUCACAAAUCGCUGCAAUGUUGUAAAUCAAAAAUGAUGUCAUAGCAAAUUAUUUAAUAUCUGUUUGCCUUGUUUUGCACUUUGAAAGACCGUUAGUGUUACCUAUCGGUUUCAUUGUAACUACUUUUAAGACAUUUUACUUUUACUUCUAUUGUCAUUAACUUGACAGGUCCUGAAUUUGACAUGUAUUUGAUUUGAUAAUAAAAACUUGGAACAAUU